CGGUCGAAGCACAUUGACGUGAUUCACCACUUUGCACGAGAGCGCGUAGCACGUUCGGGGGUCGCGUUCGCGUACUGCAGGACGGAGGACAUGACGGCUGACAUCAUGACCAAGGCGCUGGGACCGGGAAAGUUCAAGAAGUGCAAGAGCGAGAUAGAAAUAGCAUAG